GUUAACACUCGCUCGAUCAAGCAAUGUUAGACGUGUGCCAGGCGCUGCGCCAUCGGAAUCCAGGCUACCUCCAUCUUGCCAGCAUUGCUGCCACCAGCAUUUCGACGAGGAGGAGUAGAAUCAGAUGCGAGGCUUCUUCCGCCAAGGAAUCUCUGGCACUGAUAGUGCAGCGCUGCGCAAAAGGUGAGAGCUAUCCCCAGAUUGAUGAGAGAAUCUUGCUCGACGUCGGUGGCCUCGAUCUCCGAUUGCUCAUGACCUCCGCUGCCGCAAUCCGUGACUCUAGGCCCGACUCUAGUAUCAUCACUUUCUCGCCAAAGGCAUUUAUUCCUUUGACGAGAGCAUGCCGGGAUUCCUGUGGCUACUGCGCUUUUGCUCGAGCUCCAAAGCCUGGGAAGCCGGUUUAUAUGUCUCUGGACGAAGUUUUGAGCGUUGCUAGCCGCGCUGCGGAGCUGGGAUGCACGGAGGCACUCUUUACACUCGGGGACAAGCCAGAACUUCUUUAUCCACAGGCCAAAGAAGAGCUUGCGUCACUGGGCCACUCCACGACUAUUGAGUAUGUUGCUGAGGCUGCUAAGUUAGUGCUCGAGAAAACUGGACUUCUUGCUCAUGUCAAUGCGGGGGUGAUGUGCAAAAAAGACGUGUCACUUCUGAGAAGCGUCUCCGUUAGUCAGGGCUUGAUGCUUGAGUCGACUGCUUCGAGCCUCGCUGAACCCGGCGGCCCGCACUUUAAUUGUCCAGACAAAGUUCCCUCCGCCCGGAUUGCAACUAUUGCGAUCGCAGGUGAGCUGAAGGUGCCUUUCACGUCCGGCCUGCUGGUUGGUAUUGGUGAAACCAGGUCCGAUCGAAUCAAGAGCUUGCUGCUCCUACGUGGGGUUCAUGAAAAAUAUGGCCAUAUCCAGGAGCUCAUCAUUCAGAACUUUCGAGCAAAGAAAGGCACUCCAAUGGAAAAUGCAGCAGAGCCAAAUAUUGACGAGCUCCUGUGGACUGUAGCCAUGGCACGGAUUUUAUUCGGUCCAGACAUGAGCAUUCAAGCGCCACCAAACUUGACACCAAGAGAUGACACAAAAGAAGGAGUUGAGUGGGAGCUUCUUAUCAAUGCAGGAAUAAACGACUGGGGCGGAAUUUCUCCCUUAACAAGAGAUUGGGUGAAUCCCGAGCUACCGUGGCCGCACAUCAGAAGCUUAGCCAGUGCGACAAUGCAGUGCGACAAACUACUCGUUCCAAGGCUGCCUGUAUACCCGUCAUAUAUUCGCAACUUUUCGUCGUGGCUGGAUCCCAACGUCUUGCGAUAUGCACUCGCAAGCUCUAACAGUCUGGGCUACGGUCGAGCGGAUCCUUGGUCACCAGGUUGCAAUGCUACCACUGACUGGAGUCAAAUGAACAACGCUACAACCUCAUCUGUUUAUGUCGGCAUACAGGGAAAUGUUUCGUGCAAUGCCUCCGCGAGAGCAAGCAGCCGUGUGGAAUAUAUAGUGGAUAAGGGCGUGGCAGGAGAGGAUUUGACCAGAGAUGAAAUAACUAUGCUAUUCUAUUCCAUGGGACCAGAUUUUGACUAUAUAUGUUCUUCAGCGAAUAGGCUACGUGAAUCAGUAAAUGGGAAUAAGGUAACAUAUGUUGUAAACAGAAACAUCAACUAUACCAACGUUUGUAGCUACAAAUGCCAAUUCUGCGCUUUCAGCAAAGGAAAGCAGAACGAGAAUCUAAGAGGAAAGCCAUACAGCUUGUCACUGGAAGAAAUAUCUCGUAGGACUAUUGAAGCCCGUGAAAGAGGAGCGACGGAAGUAUGCAUGCAGGGAGGAAUUCACCCCGAUUACACUGGCGAAACAUACUUGGAAAUUCUGAAAGCUGUGAAAUCAGCGGUGCCUGGUAUCCACGUGCAUGCAUUCUCGCCUUUGGAAGUUUACCAAGGUGCUUCAACCAGCAACAUGAGUGUUGAAGAGUUCCUUGUGCAGUUGAAGGCCGCUGGACUUGGUUCUCUUCCUGGAACUGCAGCCGAGAUCUUAGACGACGAGGUGCGAAACGUUUUGUGUCCUGACAAACUCAAAACAAACCAGUGGCUCGAGGUGAUGGAAGCUGCUCAUAGUAUUGGAUUGAAGACUACAUCAACCAUUAUGUUCGGACAUAUGGACUGUCCGUCUCACUGGGCAACGCAUCUGCAACUCAUUAAAAGCCUACAGAAGAAAACCGGCGGCUUCACAGAGUUUGUGCCACUACCGUUUGUACACAUGCAGGCUCCAAUUUUUGUCAAAGGCCGGGCGAGAAAGGGGCCAACAAGAAGGGAAUGCGUCCUCAUGCAUGCAGUCUCUCGUCUGGUGCUGCAUCCCCACAUCACAAAUAUACAGGCUUCCUGGGUGAAAAUGGGAGCCGAUGGAGCUCAGUUCCUUUUGGCUGUUGGCUGUAACGACAUGGGCGGCUGCUUGAUGAACGAGAGCAUCUCAAAAGCGGCAGGGGCUUUACAUGGUGAAGAACUUACAGCCUCGGCGAUUAAGGAGCUCAUCCAUUCCAUGGGACGAGUUCCGGUACAGAGAAGCACUUUGUACAAAGAAAUGGUCCACCACUAGUGAAUGGAUGAAGAAUAUGGCAAUCGAAAUCUCUUGAGGUAAGCCUUUUAUACAUACACAUAGUAUAGUUUUUCGUUUCAUACAACUGUUUAGUAUCCCUUGUGGUGGUGUUGCAAGAAAGGGUGCCUCAAGGCUUCGUCCAGUGUUAUUCUCUUUGCCGGAUCAUUGUCGAUCAUCUUGUUGAUAAGAUCCAUCGCCGCGGCUGGGCACUGUUGGAAAUCUAUCUUCCGAUCUUCGGGAGUCUUUAGCUCUAGCAUGAAGUAAAGGAUGAGUCCCAACGCGUACACGUC